GUUUGUUUUCAAAAACAUAAUGAAGAGUGAGCAUGUUGCAAUUUUACAGUAGAAUGCUUUGCUAGAGAUCAGAUGUGCUUUAGUACUUUAAUAAUUCUCCCCUCCAUGAGUUGAUGUUGGUUACACAGGAUUGUGGAAAAUAAUUGGUGUUAAUUAUGGGUAUAAUCAUUUUUCUUCCAGGAGAAUUCUAAUAUUUCAUUUACCCAUAUAUAGCCCAUAAUAGUUUUCUUGCCCUUCAGAAUUUUGCAUUUCCCUGUCAAGGUAACUAAACUCCUUGUGGUUUUCUUUCAUCAUUCUGUGUGAGUUACACCUUUUCGUGGGAGUUUCAGGAGCAUUUCUAAACCCAGGUCAUUAUCGAGGUGUCCUGAGAUGGAUCAUUCAAGAAAAGCUUGUGGUUUAAAACAAAAAGCAGCUUGCUCUUAAAAUCAUUAAUUGUAUUCAUGGAAAUGGCUUCACUAAGUGGAUUUAUUUUGCUGGUGUGUAUUCUUUCUGUGACGUGAUUUUCUCUCCCCUGAAUUAUUUUGGAUCUGUGUUGGUAGCAGCCUGAGUUCCCCUUAGAGUACAACUUAAAGAGGUGCUUUAUAAAACACGAGAGAGCUGCAGCUGUGUCAGUUUCAAAGCAGAUUUUACUGCCUGGACCCGGGGCAGCCCAGCUCAGCCCCAGAGCUCCCAGUGUCCAUUUUCAGACCGUUUUUCUCCCAUCACCCACUGAAACUGAUGGAAAGACAAGACUGGAGAAGCAGAAGAGUAAAACAGAGAUCACUUGUGUGUGGUGAAUCAUGAAACCUCUUUGGGGGAGAUUGGUCAGAUACUGGCUGUAAAUUAGGGGUGCAAGGAGUGAACAUGGACAGGUUUGUUGGAAUGCUUUCCUGUACAGUUUUGAUGUGGGCUUUUUUCUGUGUUACUUGUCCACAUCAAGAUAAAGACAUUUAGGGCAUAGGCUUUUUUGCAGAUUAAUGCUUUCUGUGCCAGUGUGUAACUACCUUAUUCAUUUUUUUCUUGCAGAGUCAACUGCUCAUUUUAUUUCAAAAUUGGAGCUUGUCGCCAUGGAGACAGAUGUUCUCGGUUGCACAACAAACCAACAUUUAGCCAGGAAGCGAUGCUGUUGUAAGCUUGCCUGUAGUAGAGACCAACCAGUGCUAACUUUCAGACCAUUGCCCUCUUGAACAUUUACCGUAACCCUCAAAACUCUUCCCAGUCUGCUGACGGUUUGCGCUGUGCUGUGAGCGAUGUGGAGAUGCAGGAACAUUACGAUGAGUUCUUUGAGGAGGUCUUCACAGAAAUGGAGGAGAAAUACGGCGAAGUUGAGGAGAUGAACGUUUGUGAUAACCUUGGAGAUCAUCUAGUUGGAAAUGUAUACGUAAAGUUCCGCCGUGAAGAAGAUGCAGAGAAGGCCGUGAUCGACCUGAACAAUCGCUGGUUCAACGGGCAGCCCAUCCAUGCCGAGCUCUCCCCUGUGACUGACUUCAGAGAGGCCUGCUGCCGUCAAUACGAGAUGGGAGAGUGUACACGAGGAGGUUUCUGCAACUUUAUGCAUUUGAAGCCCAUUUCUCGAGAGUUAAGGCGCGAGUUGUAUGGGCGGCGUCGUAAAAAGCACCGAUCCAGGUCGAGGUCCCGCGAGCGCCGGUCGAGAUCCAGAGAUCGCGGCCGUGGAGGAGGCGGCGGCGGCCGCGAGCGCGACAGGAGGCGGUCGAGGGACCGCGAGCGAUCCGGUCGAUUCUGAGCCAUGCCAUUUUUACUGUAUGUCUGCUAGAAAGUGUUGUAGUUUGACCAAACAAGUUCAUAAUGACAUUUUUUUUAAAGAUGGGCUUCUGAAUAAAAAAUUUGUAGUGAUACAGUAUUCUUUGUGUAACUUGUUUCUUGUUGGGGGGAGUCUUUUUAACUGUCAUUCCUCUAUCUUGACAAAUACCUGGAUAAGUCUGCCUGAGGGAAAGGUGGUAAAUGUAUUGGAGGAGCGCCAGUUCUGGUUUGGGUUUUUUUUAAUUUUAUUCGGGUAUCAUUUGAACUGUUGAUGAAAAUGUGUGUGUAUAUAAUAUAAAAUAUUAUAUACAUAGUAAAAAUAAUAUACUGCUUAAGAAACAGUUACUCACAUAAGUUUCCCUUUUCUGCUAUGCUGUCUGCUUAUUUAGGUUAGUUUAGGCACAUUUAAGAGGAAGGCUGUGCGAAAUGAAUUUAUUUACUGAGUAGAAACGCUUAGUUACAAAAAUGUAUGUUUGUUUGUUACCAGAAGUCUGUGCUCUGUCUAUCAAUGUGACUGUGGCAUUUACAAUAAAUCCAAUUUCUUGGUGUAAAAUCUAAAGCCUAUUUUCUAAGCACUCUGGAGUAGUUGAGUUGCUACUCCUGGCUGCCUAUUUUCUAAGCACUCUGGCAUAGUUGAGUGGCUGCUCCUGGCUGUGCCAGAGUUCAUAGUUCAGGUUUUUAUAAUUCUUGACUAAAUUCUUUUCUUUAGCUGGAAAGAAAGUUGCCUAGUGCAGUGUGGAAAAAGAUAUUUUUACUGCAAUGAUUCAUAAUAGGCAGGUGAGGAUUUUGUGGAAAAAAAAAAAAAAAACAAACACCAAAAUUAUGCUCCAUGCAACAUAAUAGAGAAGUGCUGUUGAAGGAAAUGCAAGGUUGUGAAUGCAAGGAUGAAAUUUCUUAACAGCCUUUUUUUUUCUAAUCUAUGCUCUCUCAUCUGUCAUUUAAUAAAAAGCAUUUUGUUGGCAUUCAAGGUCAUAGAAAAAACUGAUUGGAUGCUAGUGGAAAAUAAAUCUUAUUUCCACCUUCUUGAUGGUCUGGAGUGUGAUGAAAGCUAAUGGACAGAUAGCAGUUCCUUCACAAAUCCUUUUUUUUUUAAUUUGAGCUUGAAUUGCUCAGUCGCUGGACAUUGUAGGUUGUGUCCCAAAGCAUUCAAGCUGCAGUGGAAAUGUUCAUUCUGAGAAACAGUUUGUACAAUGGUUGACUUGCAGUUUCACCUCCUUCAUGUCUGCUUUUAUUCAAAGUGUAACGUAGCAAGAAGUUUUGGUCGUUGAUCAUAUUUCUGCAAAACAGAACUGUAUGUACACAAAGCUACGCAAUAAAACACAGCUUUGCUGUGGGGGAGAGAAUUUGCUAGAGCUUCCUUAGUUCUGAGCCAGAUAACUUGCUAAAUGAUAAAUCUGCUCCUUGGUGAUUCUUUUUAGGAAAAUGGAAAUAGGAUAUGGAUGCAUGACUUAGUCAGAUGAUUAACAAACCAGCUUCUUUCUGCCUCUUAAGUAUAAAACCAUUUUUCUCACUGGAGCUUGGAAAACAAAACUAUCAAAAAAUGAGCUUUUCUAAAUUAAUCUGCUUUGCUUUUUAAACUAAAUUCUUGCACCAGUUCAAUAUGAAUUUUUUUUGUUCCCACUGGAUGGUUUGGCUAACCAGACUUUGGAACUUGGUGUGCCAGGACCCUUUUUGAGGAAAUAUCACUCAAGCAGUGAAGCCCAUCUCCACAUGAUGUUUUGUUGUAAGUACUUAAAUCAAAUGAUGCUUUACUGGAAGAAAUUGAGCAGUGCCUGGCAUUAAAUGACUGAGAUGAAAUGUAUUUCUGCUGGGCAUUAGGAAUUUCACAUUGAUAAUUUAGUUCUUAGAGUUUACAGGAUAUUAAUCCAGUUCCAUAUUUCUCUUAGGUGAGAUUCAGGAUUAUUGGUGAGCUAAUUUAAAUCUCAAAAUAUAAAAGGUGAGGAUAGUUUUUGGUUUUUAAACAGUAUCUAAUACAAUUUGGAUAGUAUUUCAAAGGUUUAAGAUUUGCUCUAUAAAGCUAGUUUAAAAGUUAGUUGUUCUUUAAAGUUAGUUUAAAACAAGUACAAAUGUGUCCCUGCAAUGGCUUUAAUCUGUUUAUCUAAAUCCUGUUUCACUGCAGGUAUAUUUUUGCAUGAACAGAUAGUGGAAGGUGGAUUUUUCUGUCUUCCCUAAUACAAUUUUACUGAAGAAAGCAUUCUAGAAUUCUGCCAAAUGUAUAAUUUUGUGAUCUGAUUGAACAGCUGCCCAAAAAUUCCCCAAGUAACUGGAAUGUGGUGGAAUGGGCACUGAAAGCAGUGGAUUUUACUGGAUACUCCAAUGGGUGCCUAGUGACAGCAUUCAGCAUAUGAACUAAGCUCAUGACAUAUCUUGUUAGGUUCUCCUUUUGAGACUGUGCUACCAGUAAAAUUCAUCAAAUUUGAAAUCUAAACUGCACCAAUUUGGUGAAACAUUUACACCUGACAGACCCGAGUGUUCGUUCACCAACACAAACCAAGUGCAAGUCCUACCUCCCCCUUCUCUUGUUGCCCACAAUGUCUUUAAGAUUUGUUUUUUCCCUCUCCUCCCCAAGGUUCUUACUUCUCAAAUAUUUCAUUGUUGACUCUUCUGUUGAACAGUGGAUCUUAAUUUAUGGAAUUCCUUUACCUCAAAUAAGUGACAGCAUACAGGAUUUUCUGAAGUCUGAGUCAAUUAGGUUGAAACUGUUAAUCCCAAGUGGCUUUCUCUUUGUAUUUGGCUCUUAUUCUGUGAAAAUGCUGCUUGUCCAUGAAUAUGAUGUAUGUUGAGACUGUAAAACCAAAUGGAGAAAACUUGUUCAAAAUAAAGCCUUUUUUUAUAAGAAUCUGA